AUGAUCAGGGAGGUCCAAACCUACCUGUUCCUACUCGUAUGCCUCCUGGUGGCGUCCGCCAUUGGAGACGCCAUCCAAGUUCACUCAACAGACCGCACAGCGCUGCUGUCAUUCAUGGCCGGCAUAGCCAGCGAUCCACAGAGCUCCCUCGGCAACUGGAACCUCUCCCUCUGCAACUGCAACUGGACGGGCAUCCUCUGCGACAGAACCACCGGCCGCGUGGUGCAACUCGACCUCAGCGGCCGCUUCCUCUCCGGCAUCAUCUCGCCGGAGCUGGCCGCCCUCUCCUUCCUCACCGUACUGGACCUCUCCCGCAACCUCUUCUCCGGCAAGAUCCCCGCGCAGCUCUGCAAACUGGAAGGGCUUACCCAGCUCAGCCUCUCCUCUAAUGUCCUCGAAGGGCCAAUUCCGCCGGAGCUGGGCCGUCUCCGGCGACUGGUCUACCUCGACCUGGGAAGCAACCGGCUCUCCGGCGACAUACCGGCGGCGCUCUUCUGCAACUGCUCCCUCCUGCAAUACGUCGAGCUUUCCAAUAACUCUCUCAGAGGGGAGAUUCCCUUGCCCAAUGGAUGCUCUCUCAGAGAUCUGAGAUUUCUCCUACUCUGGUCGAACUAUCUCGUCGGCUCCAUUCCCCGAGCUUUUUCGUACUCCUCCAAGCUCGAGUGGUUGGACGUGGGGUCGAACUACCUCGCCGGAGAGCUACCGGCGGCGAUCAUCUCCAAGAUGCCUCGCUUAGAAUUCCUCUAUCUCUCUUACAACAGCUUCACAAGCCACGAAUCCAACACAAAUCUGGGCACUUUCUUCUCUUCUCUCUCCAACUGCACCCGCUUGGAGGAGCUCGAGUUGGCCGGAAACGGGCUCGGAGGGGUCAUCCCCUCCGGCGCCGGCGACCUCCCCGUUGCCCUAAUGCAGCUCAACCUGGCACAAAAUCGCAUCACUGGGCCCAUCCCUCCGAGCAUAUCCAAUCUCGUCAACCUGACCUACCUCAACUUAUCGAACAACAUCCUCAACGGGUCGAUUCCUCCGAACUUAUCUCGCCUGAGAAGGUUAGAGAGAGUUUAUCUCUCUAACAACACGCUCACGGGAGAAAUCCCUUCUGCUCUUGGGGGGGUCCCCCACCUGGGUCUGCUCGAUCUAUCCAGAAAUCUUCUCUCAGGGACGAUCCCCGAGAGCCUGUCGAAUCUCUCUCAGCUGAGGCGGCUCCUCCUCCACGACAACCAUCUCUCAGGAGCCAUUCCCAGAAACCUCGGCGACUGUACAAACCUGGAGAUCAUCGACCUCUCUCAUAAUACCCUAACGGGUGAGAUUCCCACCGGAGUAGCAGGCUUGGCAAGCUUGAAGAUCUACCUGAACCUGUCCCACAACCUCCUCAGCGGGCCUCUCCCGCUGGAGCUGAGCAAGAUGGACAUGGUACUCGCCGUUGACGUCUCCUCGAACAAGCUCUCAGGUGUUCUUCCUCCACAGCUUGGCAACUGUGUCGCCCUUGAGUACCUCAACCUCUCCUGCAACCGCAUGGAAGGCCUCCUCCCCAGUUCCCUCGGUGGGCUGCCUUACCUGGAAGUGCUCGAUCUCUCCUACAAUGAGCUGACAGGAAACUUGCCGGAGUCUCUGUCAACUUCCUCCUCUCUCAAGCAGCUAAACCUGUCCUUCAACAGCUUCUCCGGCGUCGUCUCCAGCGAGGGUGUCUUCAAGCUGCUGUCGGUAGACUCCUUAAUGGGCAAUCCAGGAUUGUGUGGCGCCAUUUCAGGCAUGGCGAGCUGCGAGACCAAGAAGGGCCGAAAGUUCCCCAUCCUGCCGGUUCUCCUCCUCACGCUGGUCAUCAUUCCAUGCACGGUCUUCCUCGUGGGAUGCCCUCUCGUGAGGAGGAAAUCAAGAAGAGGACCGGCGGCGCCGCCACUGUUCCGCCGGGAGCACCUGCAAGAGGAGAGAGAGUACCCGAGGAUCUCCCACCGGCAGCUCGCGGAGGCCACCUGCGAGUUCGACUCAUCAAACCUGAUUGGGUCGGGGAGGUUCGGGAAUGUCUUCAAGGGAGUUCUAAGUGACGGGACGCAAGUCGCCGUCAAGGUCUUCGAUCACCAGAGCAGCGGAGGCGGAAACAUAUCCGGCGACUUCCGGCGUGAAUGCCGGGUGCUGAGGAGAACCAGGCACAGGAACCUGAUCAGGAUCAUCACGGCCUGCAGUGGACCAGAUUUCAAAGCUCUGGUUCUCCCCCUGAUGCAGAACGGGAGCUUGGAGAGCCAUCUCUACCCCCAGCGGCGGCUCGAUCUGGUCCAGAUUGUGAGCAUCUGCAGCGACGUAGCGGAGGGGAUGGCCUACCUCCACCAUUAUUCUCCGGUGAGGGUUGUCCACUGCGACCUGAAGCCGAGCAACGUCCUCCUCGACGAGCACUUAAAUGGGCUGGUUUCAGACUUCGGCAUCUCCAGGUUGGUGAAUGUCGACGGAGACGGUGGCGAUGAAGCUCCCGGUUCGCCGUCAUGCAACUCGUUGACGGGCAUGCUGUGCGGGUCCUUCGGCUACAUCGCACCAGGUAUGCACCUCUUGGGGUUUACAGCUAUGGAAAGUGAUAGUAAAAACUUAGGGUACUUACUACUCACCAUUAUUUAAACCCAUCGGAGAGCUGACCGCCGGCCACCGACCCAAUGUAGAAUACGGCGUGGGAGGACGGCCCUCGACGGCGGGGGACGUCUACAGCUUUGGAGUCCUCCUGCUUGAAGCCGCCACCGGCAGGCGACCCUCCGACGUUCUCUUCCGCUAUGGCCGGACUCUAAGAGACUGGGUCGCCGCCCAGUUCCCCCACAACGUCUCCGCCGUCGUCGAGGCGGAGCCGCCGCCGGGUGACCCGGUGCUAGCGCGAUGGCGGAGGGCAGCCAUGGCGGAUCUGGUAGAGCUGGGCCUCCACUGCACGCGGGGCUCGCCCUCGGUGCGGCCCGCCAUGGCCGACGUCGCCCGCGAGAUCGGCCGAAUCAAGCAGAUCCUCCUCGUAGACGAGGAUGAUCUCCUUCCCCCACUGUAA